AUGGCCUUUGUCUACAAGCGAGACGGUCGCAAGGAGCGCGUCCAGUUUGAUAAGAUCACGGCUCGGAUAGCUAAGCUUUGCUACGGCCUCGACAAGGAUCAUGUGGACCCGAUCGGCAUCACCCAAAAGGUCAUUGCUGGCGUUUACCCUGGUGUCACGACGGUAGAGCUCGACAAUCUCGCCGCCGAGACGUCCGCAUACCUCACUACCAAGCACCCCGACUACGCCAUUCUCGCCGCUCGCAUCGCUGUAUCAAACCUUCAUAAGGAGACGAAGAAGAACUUCUCCGCUGUAAUCCACGACCUGUAUCAUUAUGUCAACCCCAAGAACGGCAAACCCGCUGGUAUGAUAUCGGACGAGACGUACGAGAUUGUACAGAAGAACGCGGAGAUGCUUGACUCAGCGAUCAUCUAUGAUCGCGACUUCAACUACAACUACUUUGGUUUCAAGACUAUGGAGCGCUCGUACCUGCUGAAGAUCAAUGGCCGUGUUGCGGAGCGGCCACAACACUUGAUCAUGCGUGUCGCCGUUGGUAUCCACGGUGCUGACAUCGAGCGUGCCCUGGAGACCUACAACCUCAUGUCCGAGCGCUACUUCACUCACGCAUCUCCUACCCUCUUCAACGCCGGCACGCCGAACCCUCAAAUGAGCUCAUGCUUCCUCGUCUGUAUGAAGGACGACUCUAUCGAAGGCAUUUACGACACUCUCAAGGACUGCGCUAUGAUCAGCAAGACUGCGGGUGGUAUUGGUAUCAACAUCCACAACAUCCGUGCGACCGGGUCGUACAUCUCCGGUACCAACGGCUACUCCAACGGUAUCGUCCCUAUGCUUCGUGCCUACGACUCCACUGCCCGCUACGUCGACCAGGGAGGCAACAAGCGUCCGGGGGCUUUCGCCAUUUACCUCGAGCCGUGGCACGCCGAUGUCUUCGAAUUCCUCGACCUCCGCAAGAACCACGGCAAGGAGGAAGUGCGUGCUCGCGAUCUGUUCUACGCCUUGUGGAUUCCGGAUCUCUUCAUGAAGCGUGUUGAGGCUGGUGGCAAGUGGUCGCUGUUCUGCCCCAACGAGGCGCCGAAUCUUCACGAGGUCUGGGGUGAGGAGUUCGAGGCGCUUUAUGAGCGAUACGAGCGCGAAGGCCGUGCUCGCAAGACCAUUGAGGCCCAGAAGCUCUGGUACGCCAUGCUGGAGGCGCAAAUCGAGACCGGCGGUCCCUUUAUGCUCUACAAGGAUGCCGCAAACAGGAAAUCCAACCAGCAGAAUCUCGGCACGAUCAAGUCCUCCAAUCUAUGCACGGAAAUCAUAGAGUACUCUUCGCCUGACGAGACCGCUGUGUGCAACCUGGCAUCGAUCGCUCUUCCUUCGUUCAUCGAGAGCGGGAAGUACAACUUCCAGAGGCUUCACGACGUCACCAAGGUUGUUGCCUUCAACCUCAACCGUGUCAUCGACGCCAACUACUACCCCAUUCCCGAGGCCCGCAAGUCCAACAUGCGCCACCGUCCCAUUGGUAUCGGCGUGCAGGGCCUCGCCGAUGCCUUCAUGGCCCUCCGUCUGCCCUUCGACUCCGCCGAGGCCCGCAAGCUCAACCUGCGGAUCUUCGAGACCAUCUACCACGCCGCGGUUGAGGCCAGUUGCGAGAUGGCUCAAGCCCAUGGUACCUACGAGACGUACGAAGGCAGCCCGGCGUCGCAGGGCAAACUCCAGUUCGAUCUCUGGGGUGUGACGCCGACUGAUCUCUGGGAUUGGACGAGCCUCAAGGCCAAGGUGGCGCAGCACGGUCUCCGCAACUCCCUGCUUCUGGCUCCUAUGCCGACGGCUUCGACGAGCCAGAUCCUCGGCAACAACGAGUGCUUCGAGCCGUACACGAGCAACAUUUACACUCGCCGUGUCCUUGCUGGGGAGUUCCAGGUCGUCUGCCCAUGGCUACUUCGUGAGCUGGUGGAGCUGGGUCUCUGGAAUGACGACAUGAAGAACAUGAUCAUCGCCAACAAUGGCUCCAUCCAGAACAUCGACAUCAUCCCCGAUGACGUCAAGGCCAUCUACAAGACCGUCUGGGAGAUCUCGCAGAAGAAGGUCAUCGACAUGGCCGCGGAUCGUGGCGCUUUCAUCUGCCAGUCGCAGUCGCUGAACGUCCACCUUCAAUCGCCAACCACUGGUCAGCUCACAAGCAUGCACUUUUACGGCUGGAAGAAGGGUCUCAAGACGGGCAUGUACUACUUGCGCACUCGCCCCGCGGCUCAAGCGAUCAAGUUCACUGUCGAUAGCUCCUUCCUGAAAGCCGCCGCCAAGAAGUCUGCGCAGAAGGCGAACGGCAUCACCAAUGGCACCGUUGACGACGUAGUCUCCACCGGCCUCCCUCACUCUUCGACCCCCUCCCCCCCGGCGCCCUCAACACCCAUCAAGCAGGAGCCUGUGACACCUUCUCUGAGCACCCCCGUUACCAAUGGCGUGUCGACACCCACACCGGCCUCCCCAUCUCCUGCCCCUACCGCCGAUUCAGCGCUGGCCAGUGCGACUGCCUCGUUGACUCUCGACGAGCGCAUGGCGAAGGCGGCCGCGCAGGACCCCGAGUUCGCCGCUGCGCUACAACGCGCGCGUGACCUCGAGCUCGAGCAGGCGAAGCUCGCGUGCUCGAUCGAGAACAAGGAGGCUUGUCUCAUGUGCUCUGGUUGA